UAUUUCUACGACUGACAAAAAAAUUGACACUGGUUUUGGUUUCACUGUGCGAUAAGGGGAAUCGUAAUCUCUCAUUUGUGCAUUAGGCCUACGUAAAUAAAAUUACAAUAGUUUCCCGUUUGUUGGUGGACUUUCCUUUGGUUUGACUUGUUCUACUUGAAUAUAAGCAUGUCACAUCCUUUGUUAAAAUAUUUAGCCAAGAAAAAUGGAAAUACAAAUGGCGAGUACGAAGAGUCUGCUGAGUAUGAAGAGUCUGCUGAGUAUGAAGAGUCUGCUGAGUAUGAAGAGUCUGCUGAGUAUGAAGAGUCUGCUGAGUAUGAAGAGUAUGCUGAGUAUGAAGAGUCUGCUGAGUAUGAAGAGUCUGCUGAGUAUGAAGAGUCUGCUGAGUAUGAAGAGUCUGCUGAGUAUGAAGAGUCUGCUGAGUAUGAAGAGUCUGCUGAGUAUGAAGAGUAUGCUGAGUAUGAAGAGUCUGCUGAGUAUGAAGAGUCUGCUGUGUAUGAAGAGUCUGCUGAGUAUGAAGAGUAUGCUGAGUAUGAAGAGUCUGCUGAGUAUGAAGAGUCUGCUGAGUAUGAAGAGUCUGCCGAGUAUGAAGAGUCUGCCGAGUAUGAAGAGUAUGCCGAGUAUGAAGAGUCUGCUGAGUAUGAAGAGUCUGCUGAGUAUGAAGAGUCUGCUGACGUCCUCAGUGAUUUAUCACCAAUAUUGCUGAUCACUCUUUCUUUGCCAUGUGUUGAUAUUACAAGAGUUACAAUUGUUCAUAACAAUUACCUCGAGGGAAUGUACGAGCUUAAAAAAAUGGAGUACAAAUCCAGAUAUGGUUCCGUUCAAGAGGUAACCCUUGUCCACUCAACCAGCGCUUAUAAUGUACCAUCUAUCAUUAAAGACAACUUGGACUGGCGACGUGUUACAAGAAACAAAUAUGGCAAAGGAGUUAGCUUCUCUGACGAUGCUGACUACGCUAACUUCCAUUCCAACCGCGGCAAUGGUGAAGAAAGAGCGUUUAUCGUAGCAAAAGUGCUGGUAUCAAAAAAAGUCUUUGGAAAUGCCUCAAUGGUAAUUCCUCCUCAUAAUGCUGACACCUCAAUCUCAAGUACUGGGAAGGUAUAUGUUAAGUACUCAGACAAUGAGUUUUUGAUCAAAUACAUUGUCUACUACAAUGCUCCUGAUAGAACCAAAAGUAAGCACUACCGAAGACCACGACACCAUUUCUUGCUUUGGUAAAAGGGUUGUUUCCGUUUCACAAAAAGUUGUAACUUAUGUUUUAAAAGUGUAUUGUGCAGUAAGCCUGAUAAGAUGAUUGUCUGGACUGGAGGUAUAUAACUGUGAAGAGCAGUUUGAUUUGCCAAUGUUAAGCUAUCUUUAGGCUGUACUUUAACAGCCUUAAUGAUUUAAGGUAAAUGUGAUUCUAAUUUAACAUUACGAUUGUACUGCUGUUCCCUGAUUGAGACAGUGUUCAGUAUUUUGUAAGAAAACUUUUGAAACCAAUCAUGUAUUCUUAAGUUCAUGAUUAUACAAAGGUGUAAUAGUAAUAAUAGUUUAUAGAUAAUAAGUUUAUGAAAACCUAAACUAAAGUUUCACAAUUGAGGAAAAUAUGUUUUAGCGAAUCUAGGUAAAUAUUGUUUGUACUUUAACAAACUAUUAUAGAGCUUAAGUUAAACAUGGUUUUUACAAAGGCAACGCCAGACGUAUUAUUUUUGAUAACAAGUUAGUAAUUUAGAGUGUAAGUUGUUUGUAUUCUUUUGACCAAGUUUAAUUUUACUUUAUUUAUAAGGAGUACUUCUUAAAAAUCCUUUAAGCUAAUUUCUUAACUUGAUUUUAUU